AUGAAUCAGGAAAAGGAAGAAACGAUUAUUGUGGAAGAAGAGGGCAAAGAUGGCGGUGGUGUUAGUGAAACGGCGAGUAGCGGUUCAAAUAAACAUCAAGCACAUACUGAUGAUGACGAUGACGACGACGGCGAACCUGUUUAUAUCGAGUCAAGUCCAUGUUCUCGCUGGCAAAAACGACGUGAAACAGUUGCUCAACGUGACAUUCCAGGUAUCGAUGCAUCCUAUUUAGCCAUGGAUACCGAAGAAGGUGUAGAAGUUGUUUGGAAUGAAGUUUUAUUUUCUGAAAGAAAGAUUAGUGAUAGUCAACAUAAUAAAGUUAGUGAAGUCUUCGAUAAAUUAAUCGAACUGAAUCAUAUGAAUAUCGUGAAAUUUCACGGCUAUUGGCAAGAUCGUGCCAAAGCAGAUGAUCGUCCCCGAGUUGUUUUUAUUACGGAAUACAUGUCAAGUGGCUCGUUAAAAGCAUUUUUACGUAAAACAAAGAAGACGAAACAAAGUUUAUCGAAAAAUUCCUGGAGACGAUGGUGUAUUCAAUUAUUAUCUGCUUUAAAUUAUUUACAUUCAUGUGAAGAACCAAUUAUUCAUGGUAAUUUAACCUGUGAUACAAUUUUUAUACAGAAUACCGGUCUUCUAAAGAUUGGAUCCAUACAUUAUCCUCAGCUGAAAGCAUUUGCUGACAUGAGCAUCGUCGCGCCGGAUGUCCUACAUCGACAUGUGAAAAGUAUCUCGGAUUCAUCGGCGAAGAAUCUACAUUUUCAAGCUCCAGAAAUCGAUGAAGAAUUAAAUCAGAUUACGACAGCCGUUGAUAUUUAUUCACUUGGCAUGGUAACACUUGAGAUGUGUAAUCUUGAAAUGGGCGGCAAUGGUGAUACGCAUGCCAUAACUGAUGAUAUUGUGAAUGAAGCGAUUGCAAAUUUGGAUAAUUCUGUGCAGAAGGAUCUCGUUUUAAAAUGUCUUCAAACUGAUCCUGUGAGACGACCGACAGCACGUGAAUUACUCUUCCAUCCAGCUCUGUUUGAAAUUCCAUCAUUAAAACUUCUGUCCGUUCAUUCGUUGGCAGAUGAUAUUCGUUCGAAGCCAGAUCGAUCAUUUGUUUCACCUUUUCAUCAUCUUUCAUUAUCGGAUCAGAUCUUUGCAGAAUCUGAAUCGGUUCGAGAAGGUGUCAAACCGGUUAUCUUCACUUACAAAGAUUGUCCAUCAUUUGAUCUCGAUAAACUUCUCGAAGAUGUUCAGAAUGGCUUAUAUCCAAUCACAGCCUACCAUUUACUAUUUCCGACAAAUAGUACUCUAAAUCUCCUAAUAAAAUCUCCUGUCUCAGAUAAAACUAUACCAACUUCCUCGUCAUUAUCAUCAUUUCAACCAUCAACAUUAAUGAACACAGAUAGCGAUUCAACUACACCCAUACAAUCAAUUACAGAUCCAUCGCAAUUCCAUUCGAUUAAUGCAAACGAUUCUAAUUCAAACGCCGCGUUCACGAAUGGAGUCAAGUCACGAGCGACCACAUCAUCGUACGAACGAACAACGUCGACAACAAAUGAUGCAGAUCAUCAUACAAAUGAUUCCUCAACGACACUUAUGAAUAGUAGCUCUUCUACAGCAUCAUUAUCCAAUAGUAAUGAGAAAGAAAAUCGAAGAAUUAUCGAUAUACAAUGUAAAAUAAAAACGAAAGAGACUCGAUCAUCUUUGUUAUUCAUCAGUGUGAAAUUUCAAGAUCGAUUACAGCGUGAUAUGACGGCAGAAAUCGAAUCAGAUGAAACGCCAAGUGGUAUAGCAAAAGAACUCUUAGAACUCGGUUUAAUUCAUGAGAGUGACUAUGCACGUGUUGAACAAUCAAUAGACAAAGCAUUUAAUGCCACAAUUACAUCUCCAGACGUUCUGAAUGGCACCUCAACUUCGUUACUUGACGUGAAGAAAACAGCUGUUGUCGCUGCUACAGCUGCACUUAUAACAUCCCAAGCUCUACAAAAUCAACUGAGUACAUCAUCUCCAACCAACGGUCCUCCUCUACUCGACGGAAACAAUCUGUCGGCAUGGUCAAAUUCUCCGUCACAACCGGUUAUGUUUUUACCGACUUAA